AUGGUGACGUACGAGCAAGUGCAGGGCCAGGACGAGGAUCUCCGUCUACAGGAUAGUGCCUUGGGCGUCGGGGCUGAGCCGCUCACUCGGAUCCGGAUCCGAGGCUUCGCGGUCAACGGCUUAUUUGCGGCCCCGCCACAGCCGACCCGGCUCCUCGGUGGAGAGACAAUGGUGGGCCGCAACAGCGCCAUCGCCGCCGGUGUGUGCGGGGCCCUUUUCAUCGGUUUACUGUAUUUACUUCGACCGCAAGAGACGGAGUGA